CAUGGUCAAAUUUAACAAGAUAUGUGUACUAAAGCCGAAGCUGAAUGAGCAACAAUUUGGCCAGGAAACUGAUGACGACAACAACAGUUAUUCGAUAGAAAUAAACAAUCUGAAUGCGGUUGACAGAGAAAACCUCAUGGAUACCAUACGUGAGGGCCAAGCGCUGUUAAGGAGGUUUGACAAUGCCAGCAUUCAGACCUGCAGUAUGCACACCUCGAUGAACGAUGAAAUUAUAGACGCUGUUUUUGGCGUAGACAAGAAGGUUAAAGGAUGCGGCUUCAGAGACGGACAACUCCAAAUACAUGUACAGAUGCCUAGUCUGAAAUGCGAAAGACAACGAAUAAAAAGCGAAAUGUCAGAUGUUCUAAAGACUUUCAAGAUCGACCAUAUGGUGAUAUUUGGCGAUUACGACAUCACCCCUUUUUCGGGAUCCAAAGUUGGAGAUAAAGCUGAGAACAUUUUGGGUAGAACAGGAACGCUUGGAGGUUUUGCUCGAAUAGAAGGUCAUCUUUCACUAAGUGAAUGCCAACUUUGUGCUCUCUUUGCGAGACAUUUUGCAGAUCCCGAUGAGGACAACGAAGAGCCUCCAGUAUAUAUAUUUGAUCAAAGUGGUAACAAAACUGCCAUUGGAGUGGUUCAUCGAGGAAACGGAAAAAACAAAUAUGAUAUUUCUGCUGUAGCAGUUGUAUCUGAGGUCGGAAACAACAAAUUCAAAACUUCUGAGGGCCUAUAUUCACCCAGCCAACUAUGCCUUUUCGAACAUGAUCAACUGGCAAAAUUUGAGGAGCUACAAGUCUACAUUUGGGCAAAUGGAGAAGCGACUCCACGACGAGGAAAGAUCACAAUUCCGUACUAUCGCUGUCGUGCAAUGGACGGUCAUUACGUCUUGAUUGAGGACCUUUGUGUGUGGGACAGAGAAACCAACGCGCUUGUGAGAAAGAGACUGUGUGAAUCUGGUCAUAGCGGGGCUAUAUUCUGUUCCGACGAUCCGAAUGGAAAAUCUAUCAAUGUGUAUUCAAUGCUUGUAGGUAUGUGGAACUAUAAAGAAGUGGAUAAUGAUGCCUCACACAAAGGCGUGUACAUGACGUUUGCCGUCUGCAAAGGAUUGGAAGACUUGAGCGAUAAACUUGGCGCCGAUAUCAAGCUUUGUUAG